AUGUCACUUUCCAAUAAAGAAUUAUAUGAAUUGAACAAGAAAGCAGUAACUCAAAAUUUUAAAAUCAAACCAAGACUCAAUUAUAAUACAGUUGCAGGAGUAAAUGGUCCUUUAGUCAUAUUAGAUCAUGUUAAAUUUCCAAGAUUCAACGAAAUUGUAAACUUGACAUUACCAGAUGGUUCAAUCAGACAAGGGCAAGUUUUAGAAAUUAGAGGAUCAAAGGCGAUAGUUCAAGUGUUCGAAGGUACUUCAGGUAUUGAUGUUAAAAAGACAAAAGUUGAAUUUACAGGUGAAAAUUUGAAAAUUCCCGUAAGUGAAGAUAUGUUAGGACGUAUAUUUGAUGGUUCAGGUAGAGCUAUAGACAAAGGUCCUAAAAUUUUUGCCGAAGAUUAUUUAGAUAUCAAUGGUUCACCAAUAAAUCCAUAUGCAAGAAUUUAUCCUGAGGAAAUGAUUAGUACUGGUAUUUCAGCAAUAGAUACUAUGAAUUCAAUUGCAAGAGGUCAAAAAAUUCCAAUUUUUUCAGCUUCUGGUUUACCACAUAAUGAAAUUGCUGCACAAAUUUGUAGACAAGCUGGUUUGGUUCGUCCAACUAAAGAUGUUCAUGAUGGUCAUGAAGAAAAUUUCUCAAUUGUGUUUGCAGCUAUGGGUGUUAAUUUAGAAACAUCACGUUUUUUCAAACAAGAUUUCGAAGAAAAUGGUUCUUUAGAGAGAACCUCAUUAUUUUUGAAUUUAGCAAAUGAUCCAACAAUUGAAAGAAUUAUUACUCCAAGAUUGGCUUUAACUACUGCAGAGUUUUUAGCUUAUCAAACUGAAAGACACGUUUUGACAAUCUUGACCGAUAUGUCAUCAUAUGCUGAUGCAUUGAGAGAAGUUUCUGCUGCUAGAGAAGAAGUGCCAGGAAGAAGAGGUUACCCAGGUUAUAUGUAUACUGAUUUGUCAACGAUUUAUGAAAGAGCAGGGAGAGUUGAAGGUAGAAAUGGUUCAAUUACUCAAGUUCCAAUUUUAACUAUGCCUAACGAUGAUAUUACCCAUCCAAUUCCAGAUUUAACUGGUUAUAUUACUGAGGGUCAAAUUUUCGUCGAUAGACAAUUAAAUAAUAGGGCGAUUUAUCCACCAAUUAAUGUCUUACCAUCGUUAUCUCGUUUGAUGAAAUCAGCUAUCGGUGAAGGUAUGACAAGAAAAGAUCAUGCAGAUGUAUCAAAUCAAUUGUAUGCUAAAUACGCUAUUGGUAAGGAUGCCGCAGCUAUGAAAGCAGUUGUUGGUGAAGAAGCAUUAUCAACUGAAGAUAAAUUAUCAUUAGAAUUUUUAGAAAAAUUCGAAAAGAAUUUUAUAAACCAAGGUCCAUAUGAAAAUAGAUCCAUUUUUGAGUCAUUAGAUUUAGCUUGGUCAUUAUUAAGAAUAUACCCAAGAGAAAUGUUGAAUAGAAUUAGCCCUAAAAUCUUGGAUGAAUUUUAUGGUAGAGAUAGAGAUCAAGACGAUGACGAUGAAGAGGAUGAAGAAGAAGAUGAUAAUAAAAAAAAAGAUUUAAUUGAUGCUUAG